GGCAACAAUCACUGGAAAAGUAGGGUUAUGCCUUAUUUAUUUCUUCUUAUGAUGUGUCAAAGUUUUUAGCAUAAAUAGCGUAGUUUUGAACUGAUUUCAAUGAAAUGUUAAUGUAUACGUGACAAAUACUUAAACAUUUAAAACAAUAACCAUGGCUGUUGUGAUAGAAACGACUCUUGGGGAUAUAACUGUUGAUUUAUAUCUAGAUCAACGACCCGUAACAUGUUUAAACUUCUUGAAGUUGUGCAAGAUGAAAUAUUACAAUUUCAACUUGUUUCAUUCGAUCAGAAGUGGCUUCAUAGCCCAAACUGGAGAUCCAAGUGGUGAAGGUUCAGGUGGGCAGUCUAUUUUUGGUGUACUGGAAGGUCCAGACAAACGAUUCUUCUCCGGUGAAAAGAUGCCUAAGAUACGACAUACGGACGUCGGUUUGCUGUCUAUGGUGGGUACUGGCGAUAUGAUGGUUGGUUCGCAGUUCUUUUUCACGCUUGGCUCAGAUUUAGACUCCUUAGACGGUAUGCAUUGCGUAAUUGGAGAGGUUACUGAGGGCCACGAAGUACUGAGAAUGUUGAACGAUGUUAUAUGUGAUGAGGGACACCGACCGUACAGAGACGUGAGGAUAACGCACACUGUGGUACUAGAAGACCCCUUCAACGAUCCUCCAGGGCUCAGAGCACCUUCAAGAUCUCCUUCACCAAGUGCUGAACGCUUGAAGGGUGGUAGAAUUGCACCAGAUGAAGAAAUAGAUGAAAGUCUUGGUAAAUCUGCUGCUGAAAUACAAGAAAUGAUUGAAGAAAAAGAAGCUAAAGCUAGGGCCACUAUUCUAGAAAUUGUAGGCGAUCUACCUGAUGCUGAUAUUGCUCCGCCUGAAAAUGUACUCUUUGUUUGUAAAUUGAAUCCUGUGACUACAGAUGAUGAUCUGGAAAUUAUCUUCAGUAGAUUUGGUAAAAUUGUUAGUUGUGAAGUCAUUAGAGAUAAGAAAAGUGGGGACUCCCUACAGUAUGCCUUUAUUGAAUUUGGAGACAAAAAAUCAUGUGAAGAUGCUUAUUUUAAAAUGGACAAUGUCUUGAUUGAUGACAGAAGAAUUCAUGUAGAUUUCUCUCAAUCUGUGUCUAAAAUGAAGUGGUUAGGGAAGGGUAGAGGAGUGAAAUACUUUAAUGAAGAUGGUGAAGAUGACCAUGUAAGAAAUGAAAAGCCACGGCAUUCAAGAAAUGAUGAAAGGGACCAUCGCAGCAACAGAAACCAUUAUAAUAAUAAUAGAAGGCAUGAUGACCGAGAAAAAGAAAGGGACAGAGAACAAAGGUCUGAUAGACACCAGAGACAUGAAAGAGAUACUAAACAAAGGUAUGACAAUGAAUCUAAUUACAGACAGGAAAAACGUUCUAAUAAUAGGAAUGAAAAAGAUACCAAUGACAGACAUGAAAGAAAUGCUAGUAAUAGAUAUGAGAAGGAUUCACACAGGUAUGAAAAAAGUCCUAAUAACAAAUACGAAAGGGAAUCUAACAAUAAAUAUGAUAAAACUUCUAACAAUAGAUAUGAAAGAGAUCAUAGUGACAGAUACGAAAAAGACUCCAGUAACAAACAAGAAAAAGAAUCAAAUAACAAGACUGAAGAAAAGUCACGCAGAAGAAGAAGCCCGAGCAGAUCCAGGCAAGAUAGGUCAAGAACUGACAAUGGUAAUUAUUCUAAUGACCACAAUAACUCACAAGAAGCAGAAAGAACUGUUAAAGAGUACAAACAUGAUUCUAGAAGGCAAGAAAAAGAAGUAAAUCGAGAUCAUUCUGAUUAUAAUAGAUCAAGGUCAUCGCCUUCUAGACAAAGAGCAGAAAAGUCAAGGGAUCACAAAAAUAGGCAAGAAGAUAAUGAAAGAAAAUCUGAAAAGACUACAGAUAAAUACAAGGCUGGUAAAAAACACAAACUUGAAGAAUCAGAACCAACCAAAAGUAAGAAGUCUAAGAAAGAUUCACAACAUAUUGAACCUAGAACUCCAUCACCAACUGGAGACAAAAAGAAAAAAUCUAGCUCCAAGAAUAGUAGAAAAAAAACUGAAAUACGUAAAAGGAGUUCUAAAAAGAAACGUAAACCAUCUACUUCUUCAUCUGAGAGCUCCUCAGAAUCCAGUUCAUCAAGUGAAUCUAGUUCUAGUGAAGAAGAUCGUAAGAAAAAAUCUCAGAAACGAAGGAAGAAGAAAUACUCUACAUCCAGCUCUAGUAGUAGUGAAAGUAGUUCAUCAACUUCAUCUUCUAGUAGUGAGUCUAGUAGUUCAUCAAGCUCAAGCUCCGAUGAUGAUAAGAAAAAGAAGAGGAAAAAAAAGUCUAGGAGGAAAUGAAGUUAUAGAAUAGUACAAAAUUAAUUGUAGACAGUUUUAAGAUAGACCAAAAUGUUGUGUGCAUGCUAAGUUGAUAUUCAUAAGGUUAGCCUUAAGUGACCUACAUCUAGGUUCAAGAAAGUCUCAAAUGCUGUAUUCCAUGUGGCCAUUUUGUGUGAAUAUGUUGCUUUGAACAGAACAGACUGACAAGAUACUUAUCUAGUACAGUGGUUAAAUAAUUUAAUUUAUGAUAAUAAUGUAUAUAAUAAACUACACAGCAGACCUUUGUUUAUACUAUCCUAAGCUUUUUUUUUAGUAACUUCAAAAGAGGAUGGUUCAAAAUUUUAAUGCAUGUUUAAUAUUUUUUUCAUGAACUUUGAAUGAUGAAUUUCAUUGAAUAUUUUAAAUGAACAGUGUAUGCCUCAAUGUUUAUCAAAAUGUAUGUCAAACAUAUUUGAAUUGAUUCCAAUUUAAGUAUUAGUUCAGUUAAUUUUCACAUUUUCUAAUUAAUUACAGAAAAAAAACAAAAUUUCACUAUUGGCAAGAAAUUAAGUUCAUAAAAUCAAAUAUGUUUGAAAAUAAAGUCAUUAAGUGCUUAAAUUAGAAUUGAUUUAAACCUUAGAAAUAACUAUAAUAUAUGAUUUAUUUGAAAUGUGUUAUGAAGCACACCGGCACUUGGGCACAUAGAAAAUGGUUGGCAAAUUGUAAGUCAUACUCUAGUACAAUGUCUUGUUAUUGUUAAAUAGACAAUAGGCCUAUUUAAUCAAGCAAUAUAGUUGAUCAACAAUAGACUGAAUAUUGCCUUUUUCCAAGAUAGCAUAAAUAAUCAAAAUAAUAAUUAAACAAUGUUGUCUAUAAUGUUAUAGAAUCAAAGUAGCUUUUACAACAGUUAGUGUUAGUCUAGCACCAUUUUCCAUUAAGGUAUUAAAUUCUACUUCAGAGUUUAUUAAUCAUAAUAGAUUUUAAAAUUAUUACUUUGUUUCAUAAAUUCACUGUUUUUCACAAAUCACCAUGUCACUGUAAAUUCUAAAUUUCUAAGGACAUUAUUUAUUAGUUUUUGUUUUUUUUUAAUUGACUUGUGAUAAUGGUUCCAAGUUUAAACUGCUUGCUUAAUUUUCCAUUGUGUUUUUUUUUUGUAUAAUAUAGGCAACAGUGAAUGCGCCAUGAAACCCUCAAGCAUUUUGUUCUAAUUAAGCUCGCUAGGAAUCGUAAUGUUACAUAUUUAUGUAUGAGUAUUUUUGUAUGAAUAAAAGCGAUUCAAUGCAA